UGUCGACAUGAACAUAGACGCGGACUCGGAACGUCUAAUUCAAUUCAGACCCAUCUCCCUCUCGACAUUUACCUCUUUUACAGCCUUUGCAACAGGCCCGCUCGUGUGGUGGGCCGUCAAUUCCAUUGAAAGGUGGCGCCCGCACUUCCACGCCUGCCCAUCUUUUGAGCCGAUGUGCGACCCUUUCGAUAUAGGAUCAUUCAUUCAGCUCAAAAGUGCCUAGCCGGUCGCAGGACUUGCACCUCUGGUUACACACAAUUGCGCUGUACCCGUUGUCGUUGUAUCCUCUUAUCUCGAUGGGCACCUUCCUGCUAUCCCAAAACCGUUUUCCACAGGUAUUGUUAUUACACAUAAAUCUGCCCAUGACGUGGGUAAACUGCCCAUGGUGGAAGUUGUCGUCGUCAGCGUCUUCAUUAAACCAUGUCGAGGAUAU